AUGGAGAAUUAUCUCAACCGCGCAAAUGCGCUUUUCUGCUCGCUGAUGGUUAGUAUGGGUGUUUUGGCACUCGGAAACAUCGCAUCUUCCUUCUUCCUCGUGGGCCCCAUCUCCGGCUCGGUUUCCGCACGAGAAGUUUAUGGCUUCGGCUACAACUACGCAUUAAAUGGGGACCAGGCAGUUGUCUCUCUCGACAUAAAGGCGGAUCUGCAGGGCCUGUUUCAGUGGAACGCGAAGCAGCUGUUUGUAUUUGUGGUUGCGGAGUACGAGACUCCGCAGCAUCCGUCCAACCAAGUGGUAAUAUAUGACAGAAUUAUAACCGACGAAAGCGCAUCAGUACUCAAUUUAGUGAAUGUUCCGGCAAAGUAUCAUCUAAGGGACAAAGGGAAAGGGCUGAGGGGCAGGGAUAUUACUCUAAAGCUGCAGGUCGUCUACCACCCCAUUGUCGGCCGUAUAUACACCCAAACCCUCGCCACCUCCACUUUCCGCAUGCCCGCACAGUACGAUCGUGUCACGCAGCAAAAGCAGCAGGAGCAGCAGCGGCAGCAGGCAAAGGAGGCUGCAGAUGCAGCAGCAGUCAAGCCAGAAGACCUCCAGUAG